UGGAGCGAGGGAGAGGGGGCGAGUCAAAAUGAAUAUGCACCCUCUCUCGACCAGCCCUCUCUCUCCUGGUCUGUGUCCCUGUUUCCUCUGCCUCGCACGCCCGGUAUUGUAUUGUUGUGUGCCGCUGGCAGUGCUCAGAGCUGGCACUCCGGGAAACAUUCAGGGGCUCGGCGCAGUAGAAGGGAGAGCUGGCAGCUGGACACCACCAACUUAAAUGUCUGGAGGGGAGCAGAAUGGGGGUGACAAACCAGAAGACCCUGCGCUCCGUACCGAGGUGUGGCCGGAGGUGGCCCGAGCGGAGCUCCUGGCGAGAGGAGCGGCCCUGAAGUGGGCGUCGGGGGUCUUCUCUCGGCCGGAGCACCUGGAGAGACUGGGCCAGUAUAGGAAGAGAGAGAGCCAGAGGACCUCCUCCAUACACACCCGACUCAAGUCGGUGGUGCAGUCCUACCUGGAGGGGGUGGGCUGGGGUCUGAGGCUGCUGCAAGAGUCCCGGGUGGAGCUGGGCGACGCGUCCCGCGCCCUGCAGAAGGCCGUCUCCGAGUCGGACCACAACGCCGAGGUGGUCUGCUCCAUGGAGACCCUGAGAGAGCUGUCCUGCAGCCACUGCCAGCUCCUGGCCACCGUCAGCAACCUGCCACGCCUCUACUCUGUGCGCAGCAUGGUGGCGGAGACGGAGCGUCUGGUGGAGUCGCGGCGGCUGCUGGAGGCCCACGCCCGGCUGAUGGAGCUGGAGUGCUGGCAGGACGACAUCCUGUGGCAGCUGAGCGGCGCGGCCCUGAGCCGGGAGGACCACGCGCUGGUGCUGCACUACUUCUCCGGGGUGGGCCGGCUGGUGGAGGCCCUGGGUCAGGAGAUCUGGGCUGUCGUGAGCAGCAGCCUGGCCCUGGCCCGCCAGAACCCCACGCCCUUUGUAUCCGCAGUGCGCAUAGUGGAGCGGGAGGAGGCUGUGGACCGCGCUCUGCUGGAGGAGAGGGGAGGAGGAGGAGGAGGAGGGCGAGGAAGAGGAGGAGGAGGAGGAGGAGGAGGGGGAGGAGGAGGAGGAGGAGGAGCUGGGGUCAGACCCCUUCCCCCUGGCAGACCUCGCUGCUGGAGGGAGCGGUUCUUCCAGGUCCUGGAGGAGGCGGUGUCCUCGCGGUUCCGCAGCGUGUCCUACAUGCACACCCGCGGGCCGGGCCUUGCGGGCCACCUCUCUGCGCUGCAGCACGCCAUCACGGCCGACCUGGCCACGGUGCGCCACCUGCUGGAGCAGUGCGUGCCGAAACACUACGGCCUGACCGGGGCCUACCUGAGGGCCAGCCACCAGUGCCUGCAGACCCACCUGGCGCUGGUCAGCAGCUGGGAGCUGGAAAGUGGGGAAAUCUUUGCUGUGCUCAACUGGGUGAUACACAUCUACAACAGCCCAGACAUGAUGGGAGAGCCGGAGCUGGUGGCUGAGAUGAAGAGCCAGGAGCUGGGGCCCCUCAUCUCCCCGGAGAGUCUGGAGAAGCUGCAGAAGAAAUACGUUCAGAGUGUCCGGAAGCGUGUGUCAGAAUGGAUGCAUAAAGCCCUGGAGGUGGAGUUGACAGACUGGCAGAGGGACCAGGAACCUGACACGGACCAUGAAGGCUUCUACCACACCUGCCUGCCCACCAUCAUCACACAGAUGUUGGAGGACAACGUGCGUGUUGCCCUGAUGAUAGGAGAAUCCUUGCGAGACCAGACGAUACAGAUGGGACUCUACGAGAUGGAGAACCUGCUAAACAAGUUUCGCGAGGCGCUGGUUGAGUUUGGUAAAGAGCAUCGCAAGGAUCAGAACAACAGCCAGAACAAGCUGUACCUCCAUUACCUCCUGGCCUCUAUCAGUAACUGCAUCGUUCUCAAGGCGUCCACAGAGGGCCUGCAGCGGCAGCAGUCGUCCCCCACCGCCUGCCUGUACUCCCGCACCCCGCCCAACCCCAUGGCGGCCCUGGACCGCGCCGUGAGGCGGGCCUGUCGCCUGGCCAUGGACCAGCUGCUGCUGGAGCUGCAGCCCGUCCUGCAGGGCCUGCUGAGCCGCCCCUGGCUGGCCCAGGGGAACCCUUCCACCCCCAUGGUGUGCCGGGUCCUGGAGAGGCACCUGGAGCUGUACGUCCGCGUGCGCCCGCCCUGCCAGCAGCGGCUGCAGGAGGAGGCUCAGUGGAUGCUGGUGGUGGAGUAUGUGCGGGCCCUCAUGCACAAGAGGACGGUGUGCCGCAGCGCUGGGGAGAGGCUGCAGCUGGCCCAGCGCAUCGCCCAGGACGACCUGCAGCUCAGAGAACUCUUCACCGGCCUGGAAGGUGAGGGGUCGGGGCCGGAGGUGAACCCGCUGGCCCUGCUGCCGGUCCUGGCCGACUUCAUCCGGCUGAAGGACCCCUGCAUGCUGAGUCUGGAGGUGUCCGGGGUCGUGAUCAAGUACCCGGACAUCAGUGAGGAGCAUGUGUGUGUGCUGCUGGACAUCCGAGGGGAUGUUUCCCGGGACGUGAGGGGCGCGGUGCUUGAUGUGCUGGAGCAGAGUGCCCCGCCCCUUCCUGCCGGCUACCGGCCCAUCUUCACAGACAUCCUGGUGCCUACCUCCCCAAUGCCCUUCUGUCUGCCAACCGCCAAGUGUGCUUGAGCUCUGGACUGCUAGACUACAACAGGACAGAGGCCCGCUGACCGCGUGCCCUCACUCACCCCUUGUUAUGUUCUUCUGCUUCAGAAUUAAAUUUAAGGACCGUUUUGGUUUCAGAUGGAUUUGAGAUGGAUUAUGUUACAGGGUUCUAGACAUUGUUCAUUGCUGGGGGUUUUCUUUCACAAAUUAGCUGCAACCACUUAGGAAGGACUGUUUUAGGGGUGGUUUUGACGGUAUACCUACCAUCAGAUUCAACUUUUGGAAAGGUCUGCAGCCUGUACAGGUAGAGGCAUAGAUUAAAGGUGAUUGGAGACCAUCUUGUUCAUGUCUAAUGCUACAGAUUAUGGUCUUGUUUGCGCCUCGAUACACUAUUGGGGCAAGGUUAUGUGGUUGACCCCGCCCUUAUAUUGAAUCACCCAUUUAAAAAAAAAAAAAAUGCAACAGAGAUGGCCAGAUAACUAUUAAUACUCUGAGCAAUGUUUUCAAACAAUUGGUAUUAUUAUUAAUUGUAUUGUUUUAAUUUUUGAAGUACACUUAAGAAAAUAUUUUUUAAGUCUGAAUUUAAUUAUACAAAUAUUGUCUUCUUUACAUGUGCAUUUUGUUCACUUGGGAAAAACAACAUUUGAAAGCACAAAAAGUAAUGCCUCAUACAAUCAAGUACAUCAUAUAUUUAAUAAACCUAUAUAUCAGCCAACACCAGAACAAUGCAAAUGCAUUCUAUUGUACACAAAAAAGCAGGCUAGAUUUUCUAAUUUACAUUUGUCAUUGGUGUCACUGUUUCCUCAAAAGCGGAUGGAAACUAGUAUCCUGAAUUGUCUCUCAGUGUAAACCGUGUCAAAUAAAUUAUA